AUGCAACGGUUGAAUGUAGAGAUCGCGAGUGGUGAAUGUCUGGAGGGAAUUAUCAAUGCGUUGACUACUCAGCCAUCGGUAUUUGAUGAGAUUAAGGAAAAUCAAGCUGGAGAUGUAAACAUAGAGCGAAUCAAGGAACAAAUUUCGCAAGGAAAGGAAAUGGAUUUUGAGAUCCACGAUGAUGGAAGUUUGAGUUGGGCAUGCAUAAUGUGUCCUUUUACGAAACAAAAUAUGAGUGAAGAAGAGCAAAGAAAAAUUUCAGAGCAUUUACUUACCCAACAGAAGCCAAAUGGUAAUACGCGUACGGGAGCCGUCAAAGAGUUAGCCAUCAAGUAUUGCUGCACCAGAAACACCAUUCAAAGGGUCUGGAAAGUGGCCAAGGCGAGUAAGCAACAGGGGAAGAGCUUGAAUGUGAAGUCCAACAGAGAUAAGUGUGGAAGGCAAAAGUUUAUCCCUGAUCUUGAUAGGCUUAAAAGAACCCCAUGCCACAAAAAGCAAAACAUCAGAGCCGUAGCAUUUGCCUUGCAAUGCUCUAUUUUCACUGUUCAACGGCUGAUAAGGGAAAAAAUUAUCAAAGCACACAACAAUUCAAUCAAGCCAUCACUCACAGAUCACAACAAAGUAACGAGGUUGGAAUGGUGCUUGCAAGCAAUUGACGCUAAUACAAUUGAUGACAACCCAUGCUUUGAAGACAUGUACAACACUAUUCAUAUAGAUGAAAAGUGGUUUUACAUGACAAAAGGAAAGCAGAAAUACUACUUACUUGCGGGUGAAAAGAGACCAUAUAGACACUGCAAAAGCAAAAGAUUCAUUUCAAAGGUCAUGUUCCUUGCUGCAGUUGCAAGGCCACGAUUUAAUGCUGCUGGGGUUUGCACUUUUGAUGGAAAAUUGGGAAUUUUCCCAUUUGUUAAGUGGGUACCAGCAAAGAGAAGAAGCAAGAACAGACCGGCAGGAACCCCGGAGUUGAAAGCAAUGAAUUCAGUGACCAAGGAUGCAUAUAGAAGGAUGUUAAUCAGACAACUCAUACCAGCCAUUCAAGAGAAGUGGCCAACUGAUCAUGAAGGACCCAUUAUCAUUCAACAAGAUAACGCGACACCACACAUUCAAACAGAUGAUGCAGAUUGGUUAGAAGCAAUCAAAGGAACUAACAAAGAUAUCAGGUUAGUUUUUCAGCCACCAAACAGCCCUGAUCUUAAUGCAUUAGACUUGUGGUUUUUUAGAGCAAUUCAAUCUUUAAAAGACCAGACAUCCCCUACAACGUAUCAACAGUUGCUAGGAAGUGUAAAAAAUGCAUUUAAUUUGUUUUGUCCAAUUAAGGGGAAUAGGAUAUUUUUGAGCCUUCAAUUAGUCCUGAUUCAAAUCAUGAAGGCUAAGGGUAGCAAUGAUUAUCAGCUUGCACAUAUUGCCAAGGAAAGUUUAGCACGACAAGGCAUACUACCCACAGUAUUAUUCCCAUCCCCCGAGUUAGUUCAAGAAACAUUUGAUGGUUUGCAAGCAAUGGAAGUGCAAAGUUGGUGA